AUGCAAAAACAAAAAUCAUCAAACACUACUAAAUUAUUCACCACAUCGUCAUCAAGAUCUUCAUGUCGCCCAUUAUUAUUACCGCCAUCUUCACCACCACCAAUAAUUCCUCCAAAAUCUUCAAGAAGACCUUCAUCGGAUUCUAAUCAUUCUGACUCUAGUGAAUCUAAUCCAAAUACAAUAAUAUCACAUCUAGUAUCUACAAAAUUAAAAUGCGUACUGCAAUGUUUGCUAGAUUGUCAACAAGCAAUGUCGGAAAAGAAGUCACCGAAAGUGAUUAGGAUUUACGUUAAAAAUUUCAUUGAACAAUUCGAGCAAUUCGAAUUGUUCAUCACAGAAAAUAAUAAAUCACGAAUAAUUAAUUUGUCAUCGGAUGAUAAAAAAUUAUACCAUGAAAUUGGAUUCUUUCGUAAUAUUUUUAUAAACCUUCUUAAAAAACAAUAUUUACCUGUCAACAGUGUAAACUUUCAUUGUUAUGCCGAUGGCGUAAAGGAUUUCCUAAAAUUGGCAUUAACAUAUGAUUGA